AUGAGCGGUAAAUCAAUAGGUUUAUUACAUCCCAUACCAAUAACGACAGGAAGACCAUUAGAUAGAAUAACAUUUGAUUACCUAGGCCCACUAGUAUCAAGCAACAAAAAACGAUACAUUUUAGUAGCCCCAUGGAACAUCACAAAAUACAUAUUUACUAAGGCAGUUGAAUCGGCCACGGCCGAAGCAACUGCCAAAUUUUUAAUAGAAAUAGUAUCACAUUGGGGCUGCUUUAGAAACUUUUCGUCCGACCGAGGCACUCAUUUCAGAAAUAAAUUAAUCACUGAUAUAUGUUCAAACUUAGGAAUGAAUCAAACUUUGUCGACGAGUUAUUCACCGCAGACACAGGGGCUAGUUGAAAAAAUAAUGGUGUACUAA